AUGCACAGUACGCAGACUAGACGUGUCCCUUACGUUUCAAAGGACGGAACUCCCCAUUAUGACGGAAUUAAAUCAGCUACCCGUGAUUUAAUUAGUGGAAAAGAUGCAAAAUACGAUCAGGAAAAUAUACCAAAUGGCGCUGAAUUAGUAAAUGGAUCAAAUCCAGCGAUUCCUGAUGCAUAUGUGGGCUAUUCUAACAUUCCCAACCAGAUUUUUAGGAGAGCUGUCCGCAAAGGCUUCGAAUUCAAUUUGAUGGUUGUCGGCGAGACCGGUCUCGGAAAAUCUACAUUUAUCAACUCACUAUUUCUUACCGAUGUCUACAACGGGGAAAAUCCAGGUCCCUCAUGCAAAGCAAAACACGCUGUCGAGGUCCGGUCUUCUUCCGUAUUAUUAAAGGAGAAUGGCGUCUCGCUGAAGUUAACAGUUAUUGAUACUCCGGGUUUCGGAGACUCAGUAAACAAUAGCGAAUGCUGGCAGCCAAUUUUGGACUUUAUAGAUGCUCGAUUUGAUGAAUAUUUGGCUGCUGAAGGCCGUGUUUCUAGGAAUUCUGUAUCCAUUCCUGACAAGCGCGUGCAUGCAUGUUUGUACUUCAUCGCCCCGACAGGUAUGCAUACCAUAAACCACAUGUAUUGCGCAUAUCGCCUAGUAGUUUUUACCUUUUUGCAACAUAUUUACCACUUUCUAUAA